AUGCAUCUUAUGAUGAAUGGAUUCAAAACAGGGUAUACAGUUUGGACUAGCCAUGGUGAGGUUGAAAGUGACACUAUGUUUAAUAACUUUGUUGUCGGUGAAAGUAGUAGAUCUACCGAGCAUAAUUAUUUCCAAGGUUCUAGAAUGUCAUAUAUGAUUAAUGAUGCUUUUGGGAUGCAUUCUAAUUUUGAACAAGGAGAAAAUGUAGAAGAAGCUCCUAAUGAAAAAGCAAACAUCUUUUAUGAACAAUUGCGUGAUUGUAGUAGUCCUUUGUUCAACGGGAGUCAACACUCUAAAUUGUCUGUUACAGUUAGAUUGUUAAGUAUCAAAUCUGACAAUAAUAUUUCUCAAGGAGCAAUGGACUCUAUGAUAGAACUUAUGAAGGAAUUAGUUGAUCCCAAUGUAGAGAUUCCUGAUUCUUAUUAUAAAGCAAAUGCAUUGGUGUCUAAGUUAGGACUCUCCUCGAUAAGAAUUGAUUGUUAUGAAAAAGGUUGCAUGUUAUACUUUAAGGAGGAUGUCAAUCUAGAGUCUUGUAAGUUUUGUAGUCACCCUCGCUAUAAGAUUGAUUCUACCGGAAAAAAACUUGUUAUUAAUGCGAUGCAUUAUUUACCUCUUAUACCAAGAUUGAAAAGGUUGUAUGCAUCAAAUAGCUCUGCUCCUCAUAUGAGAUGGCACCGUGAAAAUAGAAGGCCAUCUGGUGUCAUGUGUCAUCCAUCUGACGGAGAGGCUUGGAAACAUUUUGAUAGAACUUAUCCAGAUUUUGCUGCUGAACCAAGGAAUGUUAGGCUAGGCUUGUGUGCGGAUGGUUUCACCCCUUUUUCAGUUGGGGCUACACCAUAUUCUUGCUGGCCUGUGUUUAUUACACCGUAUAAUCUUCCACCUGAGAUGUGUAUGACAAGUCCAUAUAUAUUUCUGAAUUGUGUCAUUCCUGGUCUGAGUAAUCCAAAAAGCAAGAUUGAUGUGUACUUACAACCUUUGAUUGAUGAGUUGAAAUUGUUGUGGUCUGAGGGGGUAGAAACAUGGGACAUUUCUCGUAAACAAAAUUUCAACAUGCGUGCUACUUUAAUGUGGACUAUUAAUGAUUUUCCUGCCUAUGGAAUGCUAUCUGGAUGGAUGACAGCUGGAAAGUUAACAUGUCCCUACUGUAUGGAAGAUACUAAAUCAUUCACAUUAAAACAUGGCCGAAAGAAUUCAUGGUUUGAUUGUCAUCGUCGGUUCUUGCCACGUGAUCAUGAGUUUAGGAGAAAGAAAUAUGCAUUUAAAAAGAAUAAAACUGAACGAGAUGGUCCACCACCAAUAUUAACGGGUGAUGAUAUUUGGGAAAGGGUUCAAAAUUUUCCAAAGGUAACUGAGGAACCAUCGUACAAAUUUGAUGGGUAUGGUGUUGCACAUAAUUGGACUAAACAGAGUAUAUUUUGGGAGUUACCUUAUUGCAAAGAUAAUUUGCUUAGACAUAAUCUCGAUGUCAUGCAUAUUGAAAAGAAUUAUUUUGAUAAUCUGUUCAACACUGUAAUGGAUGUAACUGGCAAGACAAAAGAUAAUGUUAAGGCUAGACUUGACUUACCAGAACAUUGUAGACGACUGGAGUUGCAUUUACAGGAGUCUGCCAACAACAAGUUACUUAAGCCUAAGGCUAGUUAUUCAUUCACAAUGGAACAUAAGAGAAAUUUGUGA